AUGGCGACAGAGGAGGAUGGGGCUGGGAGAGUCCGACAGCUGCAGGAGCAGCGGAUGGGAGUUCAAAAGAAAACGUUCACCAAGUGGAUGAACAGUGUCUUCCACAAGAAUGGGGAGAAAUUGGAGCUGACUGACGUCUAUACUGAACUUAAAACCGGAGAAGUUCUGAUCCGUCUGCUGGAGUUCAUCGCCAACGAGAAGUUGCCAUCGCGGAGCCGAGGCAAGAUGAGAGUCCACUUUCUGGAGAACAACAGCAUUGCCAUCAAUUUCCUCAAAACCAAAAUUCGGGUGGAUUUAAUUGGUCCAGAAAAUGUGGUGGAUGGGGAUCGUACACUGAUCCUGGGGCUGCUGUGGAUCAUCAUCCUCAGGUUUCAGAUUGGACAUAUUAACCUGGAAGAGGGGAACAGUGUAGCUCAUCGCUCAGCCAAGGAGGCUCUGCUGAUCUGGUGUCAGAGGAAAACAUCAGGCUACAAUGGUGUUGAUGUGCAGGACUUUUCCUCCAGCUGGAGGGAUGGACUUGCCUUCAAUGCUCUUAUCCACGCCCACCGACCUGACCUUUUUGACUACCGCCGUUUCCAUGGCGAUAACCCUCAGCGUAAUCUGGAGCAUGCGUUCACUCUGGCAGAGCGGGAGUUCAGUAUCAUGCAGCUUCUGGAGGUGGAUGACAUCAUGGUCGCUCAUCCUGAUGAAAAGUCCAUCAUGACCUACGUGUCUCUGUACUACCACUACUUUUCCAGGAUGAAGCAGGGGCAGACCAUCCAGAAGAGACUUGCCAGGAUUGUUGGGAUGCUCAUGGAGCUGGAUGGCAUGAAGAUCCAGUAUGAAAGAAUGGUCUCAGAUCUGCUUCGCUGGAUCAAAACUAAGAUGGUGCAGCUGAAUGACAGAAGAUUCCCAAACUCUUUGAGGGAGAUGCAGAAACUGAUGAGCGCUUUUAAGACCUACAGAACUGUGGAGAAACCUCCCAAAUACCAGGAGCGUGGGGCAAUUGAGGCCCACUUGUUCAGUCUGAGGACUCAACUGGCAGCCAACAACCAAUGGGCUUAUAAUCCUCCCGAAGGUAAAACUCUGAAUGACAUCGAGAAGAGCUGGGCUAUGCUGGAGAGGGCGGAACAUGAACGAGAGCGAGCCCUACAGGAAACGCUGCUACGCCUGGAAAGCCUGGAGCAACUUGCACAGAAGUUUGCCAGGAAGGCAGCUCUGAGGGAGGGCUAUCUUGAGGACACACUGCGUCUGAUCCGGAGGCAGGACAUCCGAGGUCUGUCCACACUGGAGGAGGCUCAGGCAGCUGGCCGGCGUCUGGAGGCCUUGGCUACCGAUGCACUGGCCAGGGAGCCACGCUUCACGGCCCUCAGAGACAUGGCAAAAUCCAUCGAGAAAGGAAACUACCACAGCAAGGAGCAGGUCAUUGGGAGGGAGGAGAACAUUAGCCAUCGAUGGAAGGACCUGCUGCAGCAGCUCCAAGAACAGAGGAUGCUUUUGGGAAAUGUAGUUGAAACUCUGAGCAUCCUGCGGGACAUUGAGCUUGUCUCCCAGGAACUGAAAGAACUACAAUCCCAAGCCAGUUCCUCUGAACUGGGGAAGCAGCUGACGGAGGUGGAGUCUCUUCUUCAGAAACAAGAUCUCCUGGAAGCUCAGAUCUCAACUCAUGGUGAAACCAUCACUGCAAUCAGUAGCAGAGCUCUGAAGGCAAAAGUAAGGGAUGGGCAGCAGAUUCAGAGCAGAGUGAGAGCUCUUGACACUCAGUACAAAUCGCUGGUGUCUCUCAGCAGCAGCAGGAGGAGGCAGUUGGAGGCUCAGUUGAGGUUGUUUGAGUUCCUCUAUGACUGUGAGGAGUUGGAGGCCUGGAUCUAUGAGCGCUGGUUAAAGCUGCAGACGGCUGGACUUGGAAGAGACCUCAACCACAUCCAGGUGGCCGAACACAAGCACAAGGUGCUGGAGGCGGAGGUCCAGGCCCAGGAGUCUUUGUAUAAAGGUGUCCUGGGUCGAGGUCAGGAUCUGCUCUCCAAACAGAGUCAGGAGAAUCAGCAAGCUGUUCAGAAGUGGAUCAGGACUCUCAAGAAGCAGUGGAGCCACCUGACUGACGAGGUGACGGGACACCGCGACAGACUGCAGGCUGCCGCUACCAUAAAGCAGUAUUUUGCAGAUGUGGAGGAGGCUAACUCCUGGCUAGGUGACAGGAAGCCACUGCUGAUAAGCGAGGAUCAUGGGAAGGACGAUUCCAGCACAGCAUUGCUUCUUCAGCGCCACCUUCGUUUGGAGAAGGAGAUGGCAGUGUAUGCCUCAGAGAUAAAGAGACUGUCAGAACAGUCAAAAACUGCAGCACAGCUGACGGCGCUGACUGCACAGCAGGCAGAGCCUCAGCAAGGCAAGAUGAUCCAAUAUAGCGAUUCCUCUGGGGAAGAGGAGAAGGAGUGGCAAGGAGCACGAACCUCACUAUCCAGUACCAGAGGUGGGAAGGGCCCUGUAAACAUCCCCCCUCAGAAAGAGGAAAUCAAGGCCAAAGUCCGCUUCAGAUACAGCAGAGGUCAGUUUACGUGGGACCGCAAUGAGAUUGUGACCAUCAUCAGCAGUGAGCCGGAUGGAGACAGAGUUGUGGCCAGAGACAGUGGAGGAAACCAGCAGUCCAUUCCCAAAACCUACCUGAAUAUGCUGCCAUCCAGUGUUCCUCCACCCACUCCACCUGCCUCAGCCAAUGAUAUGCCAGAAAGCUCAAGCAAGAAACUGAGUCGUCCAAGGCGAAAACGCUCUAUGCGUCGCGGCACAGCUGAGAUCCAAACCACAUUACUGCCAGACCCCGAGUACCAGAGAGAUACUGUGGAGAGCACACAGGGCAGGUUGGACCAAGAGUACAAUUUCUUGUACAACCUGGUGAAGACAAAGACAAAGAGCCUGGAGGAGAUACUGCGUCUUCAUCGAUUUUACAACAGCUGCCAUGAGUUUGAGUCAUGGAUGGAGGAUAAGGAGAACAUCCUCAACACCUUCAGCACUGAUGGUGACAAUCUAGCAGUGGUUCAGGCCAAAUAUGAGAACUUUCUGACUGAGUUAGCGAGCGGACGAGGUCAGCUGGACGAUAUCAUCAAAAUGGCAGACGAGCUGGUGAAGAACCAGCACAGUAAACAGAAAGAAAUCCAAUCCAGAAAGAGGAGUGUUUCCAAAAGGUGGGAUCGGAUUCAGCAGCUGAAGGAUGACAAAGGAAAGGAGCUGCUGAGUACGGCAGAUGUGCAGUCCUUCCUGCAUAGCUGCGAGGAGGCUAAAGCUCAGCUGCAGGGUGAGCUGUCCCAGCUUGACGAAGUGGACGUGGGCUGCACCCCCUUCACUCUGCUUGCUGAGGAGAAGAACCAGAUUCGGGCCCUUAGAGACAUCAAGAUGCUUGAGGGCAAGAUUGCUUACCUGAAGAGCGUUGCAAAGAUGAAGCAGGACUGCAGUCCGGCAGAGAGUGCGGCCAUUAUGGAGGAGGUUCGAGGUUUGGAGGCUCUGCUGGAUCAGGUGAAAUGUCAAGCAUCAGACAGACAGCACCAACUGGAGGAGGCCCGCAGGCUGCAAAGUUUCCAGCAGGAGGCCAAGGAGCUAGAGCGCUGGGGGGGUUCAGUUCAGGAACGGCUCCUGCAGGAGGAGACAGCGAGCGAUGUGGCCUCGGCUGUCACGCUGCUGGAGCAACACCAGGAGCUGCAACUAGAAAUGGAGACACAGAGGAGCAGGCUGAAGGAGAUGGAGAACUUAGGGAAAUCUCUGCUGCAGGGAUCAUCCAAUGGGAAAAUAGGCGGUGUUGACAUCCAACAAAUCCUUGAUAAUCUCAGUGCUGAAAGGAGUAGGCUGGAGACGCUGUGGGCUAGUAGAAAGAAGCAUUUGGAGCAGGGUGUGGAGCUCCAGAGGCUGAACCAAGAGGGAGACCGGAUUGAAGCAGCAUUGUCUGGACAUGAAGCCCGACUAAAAGUCCAAGAUCUUGGGGACUCGGUAGACAGUGUGCACAGUCUACUGGGGCGACAAGAUGAACUUGAAAGUCUUCUUAUGGCUUUGGAUCAAAGAGUGGAUAAAUUCGCUGAGCGCAGCAAGGAGCUUAUCGACCAGCAGCACUUUGCUUCAAAACACAUUAAGGAACGGAGCAGGAGCAUCCAAAAAGCCAACAGGAGGCUGAAAGAGAGCUGCAGGAAGAGGAGGAACCUACUGCUGGACUCCAAGAAAUACCAGGAGUUCCAAAGAGAUGCGGAUGAGCUGCUGUUGUGGAUGGAGGAGAAGUUUAAGGUGGCAGAAGACGAGUCCUACCGAGACCCCACAAACAUCCUCUGGAAGCUGAAGAAACAUGAAGCGGCUGAGAAGGAGAUGCAGGCCAACCAAGUCUGGUUGGAUAGACUUGUUCAGCUGGGAGAGGAGAUGAUUGCUGAAGAGCACUACAACAGUCAGAGCAUCAGCAGGAAGUCUUCUCAGCUCACGAGUCAGUGGAAAAGACUACAAGACAAGAUGGCUGACAGGGGGGACAGGCUGAGACAGGCGGGGCAGCAGGAGCAGCUGAUGGAGCUUUUGCAGGAUGCCAAGCUGAAGAUUGAGGCCAUCCAGUGGAUGCUAAACAAUGCUGCCAAAGGUCACGACCUGCGCUCCAGUCGACAGUUGCUGAAGGAGCAUCAGCAGCUGGAGCAGGAGGCCAAGGAACUGGCAGAGAAGAUCAACUCUAUUGUGAGCAGGGCCAAACACCUCGCUUCCAAUCACUUUGACUCUCAAAGGAUCCUCCAGGAGACAGACGCCUAUCUCACUUUAUUCAAGUCCCUGCAGAAACCUCUGGACGAGCGUCGAGCACAACUGGAGGCAUCUGUGUUGCUGUUUGGAUUUUAUCAUGAUGUGGAUCUUGAGCUCAACUGGAUCUCUGAGCAUGUUCCUGCCUCUGGAUCUACAGGAUAUGACAAAUCUCUGGCUGGGGCCCUCAGCCUCAUGCAGAAACACAAGGAGCUGCAGGCCGAAGUGAACGCACAUAGAAAACACCUGAACCACAUUCUGAAGAAAGGGCGCAGCCUAGCCAAACCCAACAAGUCAGAGAGAGAGGAGGUGCUGCAGAGGUGCGACCACCUCAAUACAGAGUGGGAGGAGCUUGAGGAUGCCUGCAAAAAGAGAGCAGCUCACCUCAGCAAGGCUAUUACCAGAGAACAGCUGCUGUUGGACUGCUCAGAGCUGGAGUCCAGACUCGCAGAGAUGCUCAGUCUGGUGAACAUCGACGACUAUGGCAAAAACCAGCUGGCCACACAAAGCCUCAUUACUAAACACCAGGUGCUCGAAGGACAACUGGAGGUGUUGGAAGCUGAAGUAGAGGCAUUAGGAGACCAGGUAGAGCAGGCCAUUCAGAACUGGGGCCUGGAGGAGCUCAGCAGACCCUACAGUCGAAUCAGCAGCCUGAACCAGCAGCUGCAGCACCAGGCUGGACUCAGGGGUCAGAAGCUGAAGGAGGUCCUUCAGCUCCAUGAAUUCAGGCGAGAGUCUUCAGAGCUGGAGGACUGGAUGAACCAGCAGAGACAAACAGCUGAGUCUCAGGACCUGGGCAAUGAUUAUCAGCAUGUUCAGUUGGUUCGAGGGAAGUUUGAAGGCUUCCUGAAGAAGCUGGAGGUUGGCGAGGAGAGACUACAGAACUGCAGAAACCUGGCUGUUCAGCUGAUCCACAACAAACACCCACAGAGCUCUGCAAUCAAAGACACUCUGCAGCAGCUUAGUGCAUCCUGGGAAGAUUUGAAAAGCUUGGCCAAGGAGCGUCAGGAUCAGCUACAGAAAGCUGAGGAAUGUCACCGCUUUUACCAAGACCUGAGUGAUGCGCUAACUCUCAUCCAGGAGCGACACAAAAGCAUCCCUGACGAUGUGGCAAAGGAUUUGCAUGGAGUGACGUCACAGCUGAGGAAACAUGAGGCCCUGCUCCUUGAGCUUGCCACCACAGAGGAACAGUUUCAAGAGCAGCUGGACUCUGUUGAGUCUGUCCUGGAGCUUUGCACACCCGAACUGAGUGUUCGCCUACAGAAAGUGCAGGACGAGGUGGUGGAACGGUGGGAGGAGCUGCGACUUCUUGCUGAGAAGAGAGAAGAGGAGCUCAAGCGGGCUUCCCAGCGAUAUCAAUUCCUUAGCAUGGUGCAAGACUACUUCCUGUGGUGCAGCCAGCUGAUCAGCGCAAUGGCAGUUGAGGAAAGCAUCAGUGAUGUGGCUACCGCUGACCUCCAGCUGGCUCAACAUCAGCAGUUAUGGGCUGAGAUGGAGGCAAGACAGGAGACCUACCAGCAAGCUCUGGACAUGGGAGAAGAGCUGCAGACACAGGACAAAAGCAACCAGAAGGAGGUGUUGGAGAAGAUGGACGCUCUCCAGUCAGAGAGAGAAAAACUGGAGGAGAACUGGAAGAAGAAACAGAGCUGGUUAGAAACUGUUCACCUGGAGCAGAUCUUCUACAGAGACGUCAACAGCAUGGAGAAGAUGUCCAACUCACAGGAGAUCCUGCUAAAGAACAGCACUCUGGGAAAUACUGUGGAUGAGACAGAAGGUUUGAUCAAACGCCAUGAAGCUUUUGAGAAGCUGCUCAGCUCGCAGGAGGACAAGCUGUCAUCUCUGAAGGAGUUGGCUGAACGUCUGAGGAAACAGCUGAGCAAAAAGAAGAGCGGACAAGUCAAAACCAGACUUAAAGCUCUCCUCCAGAGACGAGAGAAAAUUAAAGAGCUUUCUGCCAAACGUGGGGAAGAGCUGGAGCUUUCCAGGCGUCUGUGCAUUUUCAACCGAGAUGUCGCAGAGGCAGAGGAGUGGGUGUCUGAGCGGAUGCAGAAGAUGGCAGAGGACAGUAAAGCUGACCUCAGCAACCUGCAAACCAAGAUGAAACUCCUGCAGAAACAUCAGGUGUUUGAGGCUGAAAUCCUGUCUCACCAUGAGAUCAUCAGUAAUGUACUUUUGGCUGGGGAAGAACUUGUAUCUCUUCACCUGAGGUCCAAAGAGGUAAAGAAGAGUGCAGCCACACUCGAGCUUCACUGGGAAGAGCUGAAGAAGGCUGUGGCCAUCCGUGGCAAAGCUCUGGAAGAUAACAGAGCCUUCCUGGAGUACCUCCAGAAGGUGGAGGAGGUGGAGGCCUGGAUCAGACAAAAGGAGGUUAUGAUUAAUGUUGGAGAUGUUGGAAAGGACUAUGAACAUGGAGUCCAGCUGCUGAAGAAGCUCAGUGAGUUCAGGGGAAGUGAAGAUAAGGACGUGACAGUGGAUGAUGCUCAUAUCAAAGCCAUCAACAAACUGGCAGCCAAACUAGAAAAAAGACAGAGUGCUGAGGAACUGGUGACUGUGACAAAGAGGAGGCAGCAGCUCAAUGAAAGGUGGAGCAAAUUUCACGUUGAUCUGAAUAAUUACAAGAACCAGCUCGAAGAAGCUCUGGUGGUCCACAGUCUCAUCAGAGAACUGGAGGAGGUCAGAGACAGAGCUAAUGAAAAGAUGCUGCUGCUGCAGGAUCAGGAUUGUGGCUGCGAUGUGGACAGUGUAGAAAACCUGAUUAGACGCCACGAGGAAAUAGAGAGAGAGGCUGGAGUUAUCCAAGAUAGAGCAAAGUCUCUGGAAGAAGGCUUGUUGGGUGAUGUGAGUGCUCAGUCAGUGAUGAGCGACAAGCUGAAGACCAAACAGAAAGAAGUCCAGAAGACUCUGAAAACUUUGGACAAGGAACUCAAACACAGAAAAGAAAAGCUGCAGGAGGCUCACCAGUUGCAGCUUUUCAAGGCUAACCAGCGCCUCCUGCUGGAGUGGAGUCUCAAACAAAGCAGUGAGAUGGCAGAAAAGGGACUUCCCAAGACCAGAACAGAGGCUGACCGGCUCAUUGUGGAGCAUCAGGACUGGAGGACGGAGAUUGACGCUCGUGCUGAACGCAUCGACUCUGUCAGGGACUUUGGUCUGGGUCUCAUCCGGUCUGGUCACAGCUCUAAGUCAGAGAUCCAAAAGGCUUUGAACCAGCUAGAGGAAGCUAAAGCUGGACUGGACCGAGCCUGGUUGAACCGUAACAUAACCUUGGAGCAGGCCCGUACACUACAGAUCUUCCUGACCUCUGUAGAACAAUGUGAGAGCUGGCUCAACAACAGUGAAGCCUUCCUGUCUAAUCAGGACCUCGGGAGCUCAGUGACAGAGGUAGAAACACUGCAGAGGAAGCAGAUUCAGUUUGAGGAAGCCCUGGAGGCUCAGGGAGACCAGCUGGACCAGGUAGAGAAGCUGGCCCAGGAGAUGAUCCAACAAAAGCACUAUGAUGCCAACAACAUCAGAGCAAAGAGCAAAGCACUGACCACCAGGCGGAGUCAGUUGCAGCGGCAGAGCAGAUCUCGUUACAAAGCUCUGGAUCAAUCCCUCCAGCUGCAGCAGUUCUUGUCCAGCAGCUACCAGGUAUGUGUGUGGCUGAAUGAGCGUAACGCCAUAGCACUGGAUGAAAACUGGAGGGAACCAAACAACCUUCAGGCAAAGCUGUUAAAACAUCAGAGCUUUGAAGCAGAGAUCCUCGGCAACCGCUACAGGGUGGAAACCCUCACUAAGGAAGGAGAGAAGCUGCUGUCUGAGUCUCUGUCUGCUGAAGGAAAGGUUCGACCUCGACUCAGAGAGCUGACUGACAGCUGGGAUACUCUGAUCCACAACGGCAAGGAGAAGAAAACUAGACUGCAGGAGGCCUACCAGGCAUUGCAGUUCCAGCGUUCAUUGGAUGACAUGGAGCAGUUCGUGGCGUCAGUGGAGAGGGAGCUGGCCAAUGAGGACUGUGGCAGUGACCUACCCUCUGUGAACAGACUGCUGAAGGAACUGCAGGGGGUGGAAGAGGAGAUGGAUGGACACCAAGACCGAAUCCAGGGUCUGGUGGACACAGCAAAGAGCUUCCACUCUCAGGGUAACUUCCUGGCUGAGGAGAUUCAGACCAGAGUGGCACACACCAUCAACAGGUACAACAGUCUGGCGCAGCCCCUGCAGAGACGUAAGGAGAACUUGGAGGCCUGGCAAGUCCUGUUCCAGUUCUACAGAAAUGUGGAGGAGGAAACGGCCUGGCUGAAUGACAGACUGCCCUCCAUCACUGCCAAAGACCUGGGCAGCUCCCUCAGCAGUAGCCAGCAGCUGCUCCACAAGCACCAGGUGACCACUUGCAGAUUUUACUGA